UAGGAGGGCGGGCUCUAUACUAACUUUGGGAGUUGUAGCUACAGUUGAAGAAAGAACGAAGGAUUUGAACGUUUCCUUACUAUGUAGUGAGGUACAUGUUUGACCUAGACUGUAAAUGUACGGACAGUGAAAACAAAGUUUGGCAUAAGGGAAGCCAACUGAACUUUGCUCAAAAUGGGAUUGUUUCUUUUGAAUUUUGCUGCACCCGUCAACUCGGCGACAACACAAGGAACAAUCACAGAGAGCAAGCUGCUAUGCCAGGGGCCAAAGAAUCAGAGCUACAUCUGUGAAUCGGGCUACUGCUGCGAGUACCAGUGCUGCAGUCACUACUAUGAGCUGUGGUGGUUCUGGUUGGUCUGGACCAUCAUCAUCAUCCUGAUCUGCUGCUGCGUGUGCCACCACCGCCGCACCAAACACCGGCUCCAGCAGCAGCAGCGGCAGCACGAGAUCAACCUCAUCGCCUACCGAGAGGCCCACAACUACACCACACUGCCCUUUUACCUCAGGUUCCUGCCCAGUUACCUGCUGCCUGCCUAUGAGGAGGUGGUCAAUAGGCCUCCGACCCCCCCACCCCCCUACAGUCCGCCUCAAACAGUGGUGAUCGAGACCGGUGGCAGCCCCACACACACUGACCAGCCGGACACCCACUGCCCCCAGGGCCCGGCCAGCCUCUCCGGCCCCGGGGCCCUCUCUACCACCUCCGCCCCCAGCCCCGAGCAGCAGCUCCACCUGCCGGUCUCCAGCCUCGGCCCCAGAGGGGUGGGGGACGAUGGCAAGCCGCUCCCCGGGACUCUGCCUGAGGGCCGGCAGCAUCUGCCGCACAUGGCGCCGCUGGCCGGGGACACCCCUCCGGCACGGAGCAAGGGCAGAGACUGUUGCAAGGAGCCGGGCUGCGAGCCCUUCGACGACAAGGACCGCACGCCCGGGCGCCACCGGCGCUUCACCGGGGACUCGGGCAUCGAGGUGUGCGUGUGCAGCCGAGGAGUGGGGGAGGGCGAGGAGGAGGAGGAUGACGACGAAGAGCGGAUGAAGGAGCUUGAGCGGCUCAUGGACGACGAGGAGGAUGGUUUGCGCCCGCGUGACUUCUGCGACACCUGCCACCCUCGUGGUGUAGUCCAGGGCCACGGGCAGCGCCACGACCCGGUGGCGCCGGGGGACGAGGAGCGUGGGGCCCCCGAGGGCCUGGAGCGGGCCCAGCAGCAGCAGCAGCAGCAGCAGCAUCACCACCACCACCAUCAUCAUCAACCACAGCAGGGGCAGGAGCAGGAGCAGGAGCAGCACGCCCAGGCCUCUCUGCCACGCUCCCCAGUCUGUCUGCACUUGCACACCAUCAGCGAACAGGACGGCUCCCACACCCAGGGCAGCGCUGAGAGCCAGAGUUGAGCACUUAGCAUCGCAUACCGAGACACAAAGUCUCCUUAGUCUGUGCGACAUCCCUUUACUCCCUCACUGUACUUUCAUAUGUGUGUGUGUGUGUGUGUGUGUGUGUGUGAGCAGUGUGUGUGUGUGAGCAGUGUGUGUGUGUGAGCAGUGUGUGUGUGUGAGCAGUAUGCGUGUGUGAGCAGUAUGCUCGUCAACUUGUGUUAUGUGAAAUUGUGGAGUUGCGGGAGGAAGGGGGAAUAAUUGCCUCUGCUGAACUGAUUGGCAUCCCCAGUGUUGACGUGUGUAAGAUAGUCAAUGUAAAGGCUAGCCCUGGUGCCUUGUGGGAUAGCGGGGGAUAUUGUGUUUGGUAUCCCGCCAGCCUGCUGCCUGUGUGUUUCCUAACAGUGAGCCUGCAGAGAGAACUGUGCUCACUGUCACUGGCGGGAUCACGAGCUUUAGUAGCAGGUCGUAAGUACACCUUGUCCCAGUGUGCGGGACAGGAUUACACAAUGCAAGCAAAUAUAAAAAGGGGGUUGCGUUGCUUCAGCCUCUCUGUCCAGUACUGUACGUGCUGUCCACUGGGACAUUAGAGAAAACAUUAUUAGUUAAGACUUACAGUACCCUGUGUAGCCAUAUUCAGUAGUAGCCUGUAUCAUAACAGACGUCCCCGCCUCCUCAGUAAGAGGAAUAUAUUACUUAGGGGGAAGCAUAUUGUAUUGGUACAUUUAGCGGUGUUUGUAUAGCCUAUGUCACACUGAAAGAAGGUGAUUUCAGAUUUACUUUGUGUCUAAUUGAGAGGAACAAGGAGCCUCAUGAAUGCAGAAUUGAACAUGAACCGGUCUCAAAUAAGCAGAUGGGCACUGCAGAUUACACUUAUUGUGUGUGAUGGUGCAAACUGCAGAGCCUAGCCCUCAUCCUGGGGUACCUCAACCUUGGAGGGGCAAAAAACCUAGAACAAACCUUGCAAAUCAAAAUUGAGGAACUGUACAAAAAAAAAAAGAGAAGAAGAAGAAGAAGCAAAAAAAGGGAAACUUCUUAAGUCAAACAAACCACAAAAAGAAAAACCUGAAACACGCGAAGACCUGGUUUGACUCCCCCGACAACAAGUUUGUUAAGCAGCACUUCACGUCAUGUAAGACCGAUGCGUCAAAACGCCUCAAAAUUCAAGGUUGAAAAUCAAAGCCACUGCACUCCGUGGAAGACACGUGAGUGUAAUGAUUGAGUGGGACUAAAACAGUCAAGCACAUGUUUCUAGUGUGUGUGUGUGUGUGUGUGUGUGUGUGGAUGAUCUUCAGUCAGCAUCCCAUUCAAUGGACAGUUGAACCCAAAGAGGCUGACUGGAGCGUUGCCCCUCCUUAGCAGUGCCUACCCAUGUCGCCUACUGUACACAUCUCACAUCAUCUUGUUUCAAUGUCAAAAAUUCAAAAAUGAAUAGGAUCUUUCCCCUAUUCCCAGUCAUUUAAAAAAGACUGCCUGUGCUGCAAACGUUGUGGAGCCUUGCAUCAUCAGCAUGUUAUGACUUCAGAAAGCACACUUAACUAUCAUGGUGCCUUUUUCUUUUUUUUCUUUUGGUUCUAGUCAUUGUUUUGUUCUCUCCGUUUGCCUUAUCUUAUGUGUUUGGAGCCUCAAGACCAGGAGACGAAGCCAAGGCCAGUACGAGAGAUUAAAUGCAUUUCCUGAACUUAACUCUGGCUUGGUUUAGUCCUGUUCUGGAGUGUCUGGUCAGACAGGUUGUAGUAGUUUUCGUAAACAAGCCCUUAAAAAUGAAAAAAAAAAGCUUUUGAAGAGUUUUUGUGUCUUUUAAAAAGAUGGCAUGUCUGGCUGAUAGUGUACUUUUUGGUGUUAGAGGGGAAGGAUUUAAUGUCAUGGCACUAUAAGGGAAUGUUAUUACCACUAACAGUCAUACGCGCUAGAUUGUGUAGCUUUCUGGGUAGUCUAUCAGUAGGAGAUUUCUUUCCUAGUGUCCUAUCGGAUCAAGAGCAUGCAGACAUAUUGUGGUAUAUUGGUCGUUGAGGACCGUGUCUACAGUUUAUAGCAUGAAGCUCUGUGGCUUGAAAGUUUUGGUGUCCUGCCUGUUGCCAAUAUUGGCAAACUGGCCAAAGCUGCCACAAUAAAUUCCACACUGCGGGAAGAAGAAGGUAUACUCGCGUGUUGUGUUGUGUUGUGUGUCAGAUGGACAGAAAGUCUGUAGAGUGUGUGUGUGUGUGUGUGGGUGGUUGGGGGGAACAGGGAAAGUUUGAAUGCGUGUGUGUGAGUUUCAGUGCAUGGGUUUGUUGGCUGUCAUCCCUGUCCAAAUGGACUCUACUCUGUGGGUAUUGUGUUUAUCUGAGCCAUCAUGUGGAGCACCUGAGUGGCAGGCCUCCACAGAGGACAUAGAGAUAGGCCACAGUUCAAAGGCCACUGAUAGGCCAUCAGCCCUGGAGAUGGCACCAGGUGGGCCUAAUUCUCUAAGGAAAACAUCAGCCGUCAGAUAGCGUAAUUACCUACCUGAGUGUCUCGGGGCUAGAAACACGGGUUCUACAAACGAUGUACCCCAUGUACUGAAACAUUUAUGACCGCAUAUAGGCUAGGCGCCUCAGAAAAAAACAGAACAGAAGCUGCCACCAGGUGUAUUGCGUAUGGGUAUGACUAACUUUGUGUUGCUUUGUGUUUUUAUCUAAUGGCAUUUGCUGUCAUGCAGUCAUGGUGAAUGAGUGACUGAACAAACCAGCUGUCCAAUCCAUGGUGCUCCUCCACAGUCGUUGUUCGUAGUUAUCCACACCAGCUUUCAUGUAUUGCGACCAAAUAAGAAUGGUUUGGAAAGAAGUCAUAUGGAAUCUUAUAUGAUGUUUGUUUUGUUUAUUUUAGUUUUUUUUAUUAUUAUUAUGGUUUCUUUUGCCUGAAUAAGGUGUCAUUGCACUGUUUUAACUUCAACAACUUAAACAACAUAGUGGGUUUAUUUGCAAUGUCUGAUUUGACAUCAAGGUGGCGGGAGCCAUAGCUUUCCAUGUGAGUCCAGGUACUAUAUCUGUUUUUUAAAACCAUAGCCUUUUCUGUCAUGGUUCAAGUCAGCCAAAUGAGUGAAUACUGAAGAUUAUUACGUGUAAAUAAAGAGAAUAUUUGUUAAAGUUAAA